AUGCAAACGCACGCGAACGGAGCGUCGCACCGCGCCGUGGUGAUUCUGGACAUCUUCUACGGAUGUCUCGAAAAGACGAUCGGAUCGUCGACCGUGCCGCAGCUCCCGCUUUCCCCCGUGCUGGAGCAUUUCUGCAGCCCCCACGCGCUGAAGAUUCUCGUGGAUCUCCUCUUCGACGCAUCCCCCAAGGUCGUAACGUUUGCCACUCUCUUUUUGCUUCGCAUCCUCUCGAUCCCCACCGCGUCGCUUCAAGAUCUCUACCAACUUCCCAUUAUCGAUGCCAUCCUUCUUCUCCCUUCCCUCGAUGCCAUCCAAGUCCAGCUGCUCAAGCUUCUGCUGCACGAGCGAUCGCUCCUCGCUGGCAUUCUUCCGGACGCUCUGGUCUACGGCCUUCAAGUGCUUUCUGAGAGCCGUUUCGCGGAUAUCUACAACGGCGACACGACGUCUUCGCUGAUUAUCUGGACCAGCAGCAUGCGAAGCCACUUGCAGGCCGUGAUCCAUGCCCACAUCGAUGGCUACAUCGCCAAGCUCGCAGAGGAUCCGAGCACGCGCUGGACGUUCGUUCCGCUGCCCCACAUUCACUACUCGGAGUUGGACGACGACGUGUAUUGCGGGAAGUAUUACCUGCGUCGAUUGAUGGAUCUGGAGCAUCCCACCAGCCUCAAAAACCCCAAAGCGCUGCUGCUGGCUCUGAAAAGCGAGUGGAUCCGCGAGGGAAAGCGCCGAGGCUGCGCUCUCUCCAUGGAGCAGGCGCGUAUGGUGCUGGGCGUCGACGAAUCGGCGGACGAAAUGACGCUGAUUCGCGCGUUCUGGGAUUCCUGGAACACCGACGUGAAUCACGACACGCUUCAAUUGGCUUUGGACAUGCUCACCGGCGCCGUAAUCACCGCCACGUCGCCGAUUCCGCAGCGCCUGCUUCUCAUCGUGCAGACGCAGUGCUUCCUCUACCAACACUACCAUUCUCGCCUGCACAAGCUGCUCUUCCCCUCCUUCAAAAUGCUGGUCGCGCAGAUCCAAGUCGUCGUGGAGAAUCCGGAGCAGCUGGCAUUGCCCGAACUGGUGAGCUCGCUCGUGUCCCUCGUGCUGCUCACGUGCGUCUGCUCCGUGGAGAACGCGGAGAGCUUCGUGCAGAGCGGCGGCCUCACCGUGCUCUAUCAUCUCCUGCGCUGGAACGACGCCAAAAUAACCGCGGGCGACGAGAACGCGGAGCAGCUGCUCUACCAGCAAGUGACGAUUCUGGUUCACUUGUCGCACCAUUCCUCGCUGCACGGAGCGCUGGCCGAUGCGACGAACAUCACGGACUAUCUCGCGAUCUCGUUGUGCUCCUCGCUGCCCGUCGCCGUGCUCUGCUCGAUCCUGGAAUACUUCACCAAUCUCUCCUCGGAAGCCUCCUUCAAAGCCUCGCUUCUCCACACCUCCGUUUCCGUCUUCAUCACCGCGAUUCCGCUUCUUUUCCGGUACAACGCCGACGAAGAAAAAACGCGCGAGCAGGAAUUCAACGAGCAGUGCAAUCGAAUCGGCCAGCAGCUUCGCCAAUCGCGACCCUCGUCGGUCAGCGCGUCGUCCAUCGCGUCGGACAUCGCGUUGAACGCGAUCCCAGGGUCCGUGUCGUGCAUCGAAGACAGCGAAGACACGCCGCUCGUCACGCUGGCGCAGAGCGACAUGGGCAGUUAUUCCUACAGUCACAAUUCGCUCGCGAAGCGCGUCGUGCAGUUCCUCGCGAACGUCUGCAACAACUCCGCGGCUCUCACGCAGAUUCUGACGUCGCUGCUGACGCCGAGUUUGAUUGGCUUGCUGCUGGAGAAGAACAUUGACCACCUCCUCGCGAUUCUGAACUCCGAUUUCUACGAAUCCCCGUUUAUCAUCUGGACGCAAGCGAUGCGGUCGCAACUCCUCGAUUUCUUGGAGGAUCAACGCGAAAAGGCGCUGAGAAGAGAGGGCGAUUUCGUGCAGGACGUGAGUCAGUUCGUCUACGACGCGAUUCGAAACGAGCUUCUCAUCGCGGACGUCUACGUCCGCGUCUUCAACAAGCUGAAGCCCAAGCAGUUCGUGAAGGCUCCGAAGUAUUUCACAGGGCUGCUGAGCUAUCUGCGACUCCAACGCCUGGGUCCGAAAGUCGACGAUGUCUGGAUCGGCUACUACGAGACCAAUCUGGGCGAGGAUUACGUGCUGAUGAUGCUCACCUCGCUCCACAUUCUGCUCAGCAAUUCGCCGGAGCUCUCGAACUCCGUGCAGUCCGCCGACGAUCUGCUGCUUCUCUUCUCGUUCCUGCUGCCUCGCUAUGUCGACGACGCUCCGCAGUGGCUUCUCGACAAUCCCUGCACCCAGAAAGCCGUCGAGAUCCUCUCCCUUCUCCUCCAAUCGCCGCGUCUCGCCUCUCUCGCGGUCGAAGAGCACGCCACCGACAUUCUCACGCGCAUCCUCAUUCAGAAGGACUAUCAGCUCCGCACGCCUCUCUUCGUUCUCCUCCACCACGUCUGUCUCUUCUCGCAGGGCUUCGAGCACGCGCUCUUCGCUUCCGGACUCUGGGUUCUCUUCCUCCAUUUGAUUCUCCUCCCCGCAGAAGACGCGCUCGCCACGAUUCGGCAGCUCAGCGUCGCCGUGCUGCAGGGAUGGAGCCACAACGAAGACGUCCAGGCCAUUUCGCGCGUGACGUUCCGUCGCCUCCUUCCCGAAUACAUGGUGCUUCUGCUCACCGAGGACAACGCGGACGCGCUGCACGCCUUCGACGCCACCACGUGCACCGCCGAAAUGAUCUGGAACGCGCAGAUGAAGGCGACGGCGGCAGUCGUGGUGCGUCGAGCGUUCGAAGGCUUCGUCGCCGCGUUCCACGAAGGAAGGGAGUUCGUUCUGGACGAGGACGCGGAGGUCGUGUACGAGCAGCUGCAGAACGAGACGGUGAUCGGCGGCGUGUUCGUGAAGAUCUAUCUGAACUACGAGGCGUAUCAGCUGCGCCAGCCGCAGGAGUUCGUCGACGCGCUGAUGAAAGAGUUCUGCGGCGUCGCCGCGCUGUUCGACAACUCGAAGCCGGAAAACAUCCCGACGAGCGCCGAGGAGGAAGGCAAACGCGCGGAGCGUCUCGAUUUGGCGGUGAGCGCGCUGUGCCAAGUCUGCCGGCUCGAAGGCCCCGCGAUUCUGGAGUAUUUCGUGAGCUCGGGGUAUGUGGCCCGCAUCGUGGAGCAGUGGGAGCUCUGCGAACAGAAGCACGCGCUGAACGGACCCAUCAGCACGGCGUGCUGCUCGAUCGUGAAGCAAAUCGCGGAGACUCCGGAGUGCUUGUCGGUGCUGAUUCAGAAGCCGACGCUGCUGCGGAUUCUGUUGAAUAGUUUGCGAGAAGGGUCGGGGAACGCGCUGGACGUCUCUGCGAUUCUGCUGUCGCUGUUUAAAGCGAGAACGACGGAGCUGGUGGAGUAUGUGAUGGAGCUGAAUAUGAUUUCGCUGCUGUUCUCGUGUGUGAAGAAUCCGGUGCAGGUGGAGUGCGAUAAUGCGGAGAACGUGGCGACAGAGAUCAAAGUAGGCGAGGAAUGGGAGGGUGAGGGGUAG